AUGACCAACAAAACCAAGGUGGAACUUGCAUGGAAACUUGGCCUUAUUUUCAUGCUAAGUGUUCAACAUACUUCAGCACACCAAAAUCUAGAAUUCGGAGAAGCAAAGGAGAAACUCGAAGAUCAGAGAAGCUUAUUAACUUACAUUGUUCACGUUAAAAAGCCUCAGGAUGGAUUAUUUUCUCUUGAAUCUGAGGAUUUGCAUAGCUGGUACCAUUCACUUCUGCCAACAGAUGGUACAAAAAGUCUGAACAAGCAGCGCAUUAUUUUCUCAUACAAAAAUGUGAUUGAUGGAUUCGCAGUGAAAUUAACCCCAAAAGAAGCUAAAGCUCUGGAAGACAAGGAGGAGAUUGUGUCAGCCCGGCCUGAAAAGAUACUCUCUUUACAUACAACUCACACUCCAAGCUUCUUGGGGUUGCAACAGGGACAAGGAUUAUGGAAAGAUUCCAACCGUGGCAAAGGGAUCAUAAUUGGAAUUGUGGACACUGGGAUAUCCCCAGCACAUCCUUCCUUUUCCGAUGAAGGAAUGCCAUUUCCACCAGCAAAAUGGAAUGGCCACUGUGAAUUCACUGGGCAGAAGACUUGCAAUAACAAGCUCCUCGGCGCAAGGAAUUUUCUCCAACACUCAAGGAAUUCAACCCUUCCAUUUGAUGAUGUUGGUCAUGGAACUCACACAGCCGCCACAGCCGCUGGAAGAUUCGUACAAGGUGCUAAUAUCUUUGGCAAUGCUAACGGUACUGCAGCUGGCAUGGCACCCGAUGCACACUUGGCAGUUUACAAGGUUUGCAACAUUAAGGGUUGUCCUGAAAGUGCAAUAUUAGCUGGAAUGGACACUGCCAUUGAAGAUGGUGUGGAUGUUCUUUCUCUGUCCCUUGGUGGAUCCUCUCUACCUUUUUUUGAAGAUAUUAUUGCAUUGGGUGCUUUUGGUGCAAUUCAGAAGGGAAUUUUCGUUAGUUGUUCAGCCGGUAACGGAGGUCCUGAUUAUAACACAUUGUCCAAUGAGGCUCCAUGGAUUCUCACCGUUGGUGCAAGCUCCACUGACAGAAAAAUAUUAGCAACAGCGAGACUUGGGGAUGGGGAAGAAUAUGAUGGUGAAUCAGUGUUCCAACCCAAAGACUUUGCACCCACGUUAUUGCCUCUUGUUGAUGCAGGUGCAAUUGGGAAUGGUUCCUCUGCCUUAUGUGCACCUGGAUCCUUACGAAACUCGGAUGUUAAGGGAAAGGUAGUGCUUUGCGAGCAAGGUGGACUCAUUGCAAGAAUAGCCAAAGGGAAAGAAGUUAAGAAUGCUGGUGGUGUGGCCAUGAUUCUCAUGAGCAGUGAAAUUGAAGACUUUAAUACCUUUGCUGAUGUUCAUGUCCUUCCUGCUGUACACGUAAGUCACAGUGCUGGAUUAGCCAUCAAAGGUUAUAUAAAUUCAACUCUAACACCAACAGCCACAAUCUUAUUCAAAGGAACUGUUAUUGGAGACCCACUUGCACCUGUGGUUGCUUCCUUUUCUUCUAGAGGUCCAAGCAGAGCAAGCCCAGGAAUUCUGAAACCGGACAUAAUUGGACCGGGAUUGAACAUUCUAGCUGCAUGGCCUGUAUCUUUGGACAACAAUGAACCACCAUUCAACAUGAUUUCAGGUACCUCAAUGUCUUGUCCUCAUCUAAGUGGCAUUGCUGCUUUGUUGAAAAACUCUCAUCCAGAUUGGUCCCCUGCUGCUAUAAAGUCAGCAAUCAUGACAAGUGCUGAUGUUGUAAACCUUGGAGGGAAACCUAUAUUGGACCAAAGGCUUCUACCAGCUGAUGUAUUUGCUACUGGUGCUGGACAUGUUAACCCUUCCAAAGCAAACGAUCCAGGCCUUGUUUAUGAUAUCCAACCAGAUGAUUACAUUCCUUAUUUAUGUGGUUUGGGUUACACUGACAGACAAGUUUCUCUUAUUUUGCAACAGAAAGUGAAAUGCUCUGAGGUAAAAAGCAUAACGGAAGCACAGCUCAAUUAUCCUUCAUUUUCUAUUCAAUUGGGGAACACUUCACAGUUCUACACCAGAACGCUGACAAAUGUUGGACCCGCCAACUCAACUUACUCUCUGGAAAUUGACGUGCCUUUGGCAGUAGGUAUGAGUGUAAGCUCUGAUCAGAUAACAUUCACAGAGGUGAACCAGAAGUUUACAUACUCGGUUGGGUUUUCUCCUGAAGACAAAGAGAAUAGAGGCAAUCACACGUUUGCUCAGGGGUCUCUCAAGUGGGUGUCAGAAAAAUACUCUGUUAGCAUCCCUAUAUCUAUCAUCUUCCGGUGA